AUGGACGUUAGUCAAAUCGCAUGGACUUUAAGUUUAAUAGCGCACGUUGAGGUCUCGAGCAAAACUACAUUACACGUGGAGCUGGGUGGGUGUACCGGCACAGGUUUAGGCAGAGAUGAGGCUGGGCGAGGCGCGACGAGACGAGACGAGGCGACAUGUGGUGGGAAGGGAGGCGAGGGUAGGGCGCCCGUCGCGAAGGGCGGGGGCGGGCGGAUGGCGAACGUCCCGCCCCCCACGGCGUCGCCGCCGCGGCCGCGUCGCGUGGAGCGCGCGCAAAGUGGAACGGCGGCUGAGGUCAGCGCGACCUGGGGCGCCGCAACGGCCGCCGCAGUUGCCGAUGUGCUUAUGCAAGACAUAAUUGACAGCAAACAUUGCGAGCCUGUCAGAGAACGUGAAAGUGAUCCAUCUUCCCUCAGAGAAGCUCAGACCCAUCGUAUUAAUAGUUGUAGUAAUCCAGUGACACUUGCUCUACCCAUCGUCGCAGCAGAAGGCGGCGUUGAAACGGAGCUGACACACUUUCGCCCUAAGGACGCAGCAAGGGAUUUUGGUAAGCGCGAUUAUCAGGACGCCCGCGCGGCAUUCAAUGCAAAUGUAUGGAAAUUUCUAGGAAAAUGCAAGUUCACUGCGUAUCAUCUAGGUUGUCUCUUGAGACCGCAUUUUGACACUGGACUCGUGCCAAGUUAUGAGUUUUACAUAAAUAAAUCAUAUCCAGAAUUUCCAACAAUGAUACCGUGGUCGAUGCCAAAUGUUGGAGAUUUUGUGGAAAAGCCCAAUGGUUCCAUUCCGAGAUGCAGCAGGAUCUACCACGAACCAGCGAUGCUGGCGCUCUGCCUUGGGGACGGAGACUCGGACGGCGGCGGCAAGGACGGUUUGGCUGAGCGCCGACCUGUACCCAAGGCACCGCCAGUUAACACUACUACCUAUACGGUGUCGGCGCACGACACGCUGACGUCGGUGGCGGCGCGCUUCGACACCACGCCGUCGGAGCUGGCGGAGAUCAACCGGCUGGCCACGCGCCUCGUCUUCCCGGGGCAGGUCCUGCAGGUGCCGCUGAAGGACGGCACCGGCACCGGCGCGUCGGCGGUGGCGGCGGCGGCUGUGACGCCGUGCCGCGGCGCUUGGACCCCGGCCGACCCCACGGCGGCCGCCGCAGCCGCCCCCGCCGCG